AUGACAGGCCGCAUAAGCCACAAGCUCCACAAGGAUAACAACCGGCCAUGCACCCAACAGCAAUAUCAAAAGAGCCAUGAAGCAAUUAACACUCCGUUCCUCUACGAUGUUGACCCUCGCGAUCCUCGCACAAUUCGAAGACUUGGCGGCUUGAAAAGCCACGCUGUAACCGAAGAAGUCAACAUCCAAACCUGGAUUGAGGAACACUUCCUGCAUAACUCGGCUGAUACCAGUCAAGCUUUCUUUGCUACAUCGGAGAUUGUUGCUUUUGACUACUCGACGGACGAAGCUGACAUUGGUUCUUCAUUUGUGGGUGAUGAUGAAUACCACGACAAAACUGUUGAAAACGAAAACCCGGCUCAUGGCGACAAGGAGUUCGCGACCACAAACACCAUCUCUUGGACCGGCAUUAUUGGGUCGAAAAGGGUCGAGGCCAACAGUCAAGACCUGAAACCCGCCAAGGAAGCGGAGUCCAACUGGCGGUGCUUGCUCUUUACCUUGUGCUCAAAAGCCAGUUCUCCAGGCAGAGAUCUACCCAGCGGAAACCAGCUCAGAAAUUUAACCCGCAGAAAGCUGCUCAGCGACGGCCUACCACCUCGCAGCGAUCUACUGCGCCGAAAGUCCUGCUGUCCUGAAGGACCUGCUACUCGGCAGCGACGUUCCUUCUAG